UACUUUCGUAACGGUGCUCGGCCGCCGACUCUUGUUUGAAUCACCUCUUGCAUGGCAGAAGUCAAGACAGGGACCAAUCAACGAAAUCAGUGGUGAAGGACAUUCCCCGGGAAAAACGUGUACCGGAUAGCAUGGCGCCUAGAUAGCAUGGCGCUAGAGCUCAUAGCGCCUGAAGCCCUUACGCUUCCGGAAUGCUUCCCAACCACAACAUACGUGUCAUGACCCACCCCCCUGACAUCCAUCCUGGAAAAUUUUCCCUCAACGUAUCUGGCGUCGCAGGGUUCUUUGGGGGCGAUGAAGCCAUCUCCGCUAUACAGACCAUCCAUCACUACAAGGCCAGAAAGUUCCUGGGAUGGUACAACUCCCCUGGCAGCUGGAAUGUUGGCAAGAAGUUUGGAAAGCUCGCAAAAUCCCCUUUUUGGGACGGGCUCUUCCCUGGGGCCAAUGAAGAACCGGCAAAAUUGUUCGACCUUGAUGGCAAGCGGGGCCCAAAAUAUGUCGCCGCUAGAUCUGGAACCGUCCUGGAGCACACCGGCCACCUUGCAUAUUUGAUAAUGGAGAAAAGCAAAGAGGAACUAGGAGUGCUGGUACCAGGGAAAAGAAAGAUCACGAAACUGAAUAAAGUGACUAUCAUCAAGAUGCCGUCCGUUUUUGGAGAACCGCCGCCGCAAGGGGGACUCGGAGAAGCGCUAUCGCAAGGAGGAGAAGUGCGUCUGAAAGGGGGAGAAGCGACACAACAAGGGGCACAACAAGCGAAAGGCCAGCCGUCUAAUGUCGAGCUGGUUUAUGAUAUCCUACCUCACAGGGGGGGUCACGCGCUCGCUGCAAUUCUACCAAUAGCCGCUAGCUGGAUCACAUGUGCAAUGUGUGGAUGGAUACGCGACUGGUUCUGCUUUUCAAUGAUUCUUCUGGGAAUUAUUUCAAAUGGCAUGUUCUCCUUGGUCAUAGGGUUGGCAUGUUUAAAGCUACAAGGAGUGGGCACAGCACCUACGGCUCCACCCGGAGACGGAAUGCUGAUGGACGGUGAUAAUAUCGUCCUCCUGCUUGGGAGAGAGAAAGAGGUCGCCACGAUCACAAGGGGCAGGUUCAUCCUUGAAUAUAACAACAUGGUUAGGUGGAGGAGCAGAAAGGAAAAAAUGAAACGUUCCGUUCCUGGAGACGGAACGAGGUUGCCCGAGUCGAAUCGUAAUGGUGAUGCGGAAGAAGGUCAAAGUAAUUCUGAUCUAGAGCAGAGUGAAGAGCCCGUCAGAGACGAGUACGCUGCCAUUGGAUUCUUUUCGUUCCUACUCGUCGCACAACUCCUCGCCCAACUACUCUUGAUUCCCCAGGGCACAUUCACUGGUCAAAUCAUGUUCCUGAUCUCUUUCGCAGUUUCGUGGCUGUACAACUUGUACUUGUCCUCAAUCGACAACGAGUAUAUCCAGGAACGAUCGAUUCUAGAAAUAUUUCAUCUAGAGAAGAAGCAUAUGCGGACGUACAUCUGUAGGACGAGAACAACUGCCGCAGUGUUCACAUGCCUGAUGCUCCGGCCUCCUGGUAUUUAUGAAGAAUCGGGAUGGAAGAACCUAGGUUUCAAACCAGAAAGUAUCAUUUGCAACUUCAUUCCGAAUGAUACACUAGUAUGGAUCACAUGGAGAAAAAAGGUCUUGGAUGUAAUGAGAACACACAAUCAUGAUGGUGACCCAGUCGCUUGCCACAAUUUACUCCAGAUGACCAACGAGGAGAAAAGAGAUUUCGAUGCGAAUAACAGAACACUUCUCGAAACCCUCCUGGGAGACGCUAGAGCUGCAUAUGAUCUGGCCAUGAGAGAGCAGAAGUGGUUGACAGCGGCACUACCGUAG